AUGGCGGAAAGGGAAUCGAGGGGAAUUCGGGCAAAAACCGCGGGUAGAUUUCCGGACUCAACAUGGCGGGCAGGAACGCCGAGUCUCUAUCACGAAAAGUGUGCUCCACAGACUGAAAGAGUGAAGUCUGCUCCACCAAAAACAUAUGCUCAGAGAGAAUAUGCCAAGUGUGAUAUUGUUCGCAAUGAUGAGAUAUGGAAAAAUCGCUGUCGAAACGAAGGAAAUAUGGCAAGGAAAUGGUAUGACUGAUCGAAUAUGAUACAUUUCAAAAUCUUUAAAUUUUUGUUUAGGGGGGCAAACAUACAGUUGUGCUUUCUUCAGAAGAAUGAGAAAAGAUAUUCCAUGUUAUUUUGCUUCAAAAUCUAAACUCCCGAGGUUUAAACCCUCUUCAUUCAUAUUUCCGGGUUGGUCUGACUUCUUAAAUUAUUUAAUGGCGUCUUGCAGGUUACACUUCUUUCCCUUGAAUACUUGAAUAGUUUGUAAAUGUGUGGCAGAUGGUCAGACAGUGCAGUUAAAUUGUGGUUGUAUAACAUCAAUUUGACUAGCUGGCGAAAACGGCCGUUUCUCCUUGCUCCUCACCGCUUAGGACGUUUUGCGAGGAGGAACGACUGCGACUCAGCGACAGAAAUUCCAUACUGAUGACGUAAAUCAAUGUUUACAUAAUAAAUUCGGUAGUUGUGGGGUUCCAAAUGCAAAUAUGUUCAAUUUUACGUUUCUCCUGGUCGAUUUUGGUAAAGUGUUGUGUUCAUUUGCGAACGAGCUCCAGCAAUAUCCAAAUGCUUCUUCUGGAGAAGUAUAUAUACCACAAAUUUUGACUGUUUUGUUACAGAUUCAUUGCAUUUAUAUUUGACCUUUGCAGCCUUUUGGCUUUUGUAUGUUUUUUGAAACAAUAGAUAGAACAAUGUAACUACUCUGACGUCCAAUCAGCGCUUAUGACCAGAUUCUGGACAGAUUUUACGUCAUCAGUAUCAGGGCUUCUGAUAUUUCGNACAGAUUCAUUGCAUUUAUAUUUGACCUUUGCAGCCUUUUGGCUUUUGUAUGUUUUUUGAAACAAUAGAUAGAACAAUGUAACUACUCUGACGUCCAAUCAGCGCUUAUGACCAGAUUCUGGACAGAUUUUACGUCAUCAGUAUCAGGGCUUCUGAUAUUUCGUGGGGUCGCGGACUUGCGAAUUUCAGGUAUUUCUGCGAAAUCCCGCGAAAUUCCCAAAAAGAAACGUUUACCAACGCUGGUCAUAUUGACGCAAAAUUGAUCGAUUUUAGCAAAAUUUGCCAAAAAAAAUCCAGCGAAAUCAGCUGUUUUUUACUGAUUGUUUCUCGGCGAAGUUUUCCCCCGAAAUUUCCCGUGAAAUCGGCGGAUUUUCCUAAGAAUUUGCCCCAGAAAAUCCUUCGAAAAUUGACUUUUUUCCGCUAAAGUCCCGCGAAAUUGGCCGAUUUUCCGCGAAUUUGCCCCUGAAAAUCCCGCAAAAUUUUGCUUUUUUUUCCGCGAAAUAUCAGAAGCCCUGCAGUAUGGAAUCAAGACCCAGCUAGAUCAUGUAGAGAGCUUGAUAUUAAUAGUCCAUCUGCGCAACGGCUCCCAAAAGCUUGUUGUGGUAUCCUCAGGUUUACAGGAAAAUCUGUAUCCGUUUCUGAUUGGCUAAAUUUCUAACAAGUUCUGUGAUUGUUGGACAUGCUUUAUGUAACAAUCACACAAUACUCUGCAAAGCUAAAAAAAAACUUUUUGUGCAAGUUGCAGCUUGCAUAGCAAAAGGCCAAAGAAGUUAAAUCUGAUUCGUCGGUUUAUUGUAAUUUAUACUUUCGUAUUAUAGGUAAAAGGGUUUUGCUUGUUAAGGGAUAGAAACAGUUCAACGUUUUUUCCAAAAUUGCGAGUUUGAAGAAACUUACUCACGAAACUGAAGAAAUGAUGAUCGAGGACUCAUCGAGCAAAUCGAAAAUUUAGAAGAAGAACUCAGAAACCUGAAUAGAAUCGAAGUUAAUUCAUUAGUGUUGAAAUGAUCGGUAAUAACUGAGAUUUCCUAGUCUCCCAACAGCAAAGGCCACCACACACCUCUAGAGUACUGCCCUGUGUAUUCACUGAAGAGGCUGUAAACAAAAGAAAAUUCUGGUUGAUUUGUUUUUGUAAGACAAAAGGAAAAAGUUUUAAGCAGUAUUUGCAAUAGAUUCAGUAUAAAAUUAGCCUUCAAAAACAGCCUAUAUUUUGCGGUGCCACGAAUGGUUUCAUGGCAAAAUGACAUCUAGAGAGCGAGCGCUGUCAAAUUCAUUACUGAUGAGGUGUCACCACCCAGAUCUGUGCAGUGGUUAUGACUGGUUGAAGUAAAUUUACUAUUAAUAAUCAGAGGGACUGCCCAGGUCAAGGUAGUGACACAUUACCAGUAUGGAAUUUUUGUGCUGGCUCCUCAGAUGUCAUUUCACAGGGAAACUUUUGGUCACAUCACAAAAUGUUAGCUGUUGUCUCAGGCCAGUAUAAAAUAUUAUUAACUCUGAAAAAUAAUCUGUUGCUGUCAUUCAAUAUUUUCAGGGAAGAAAACUGGGGAUUUCUCAAAGAUUAUGAUCUGAAGGGAAGAUUCAAGCCACCGAAAGAACUACCAGAUAAAGUUAGUGUAUUCUCAGACAAAGUUCCUAACACUACAAGCCGACAGUUUGGUCACAGGGUGAAAAGUGCUCCAGCAAGGACAAUGCAAAAGUUUGAAAGACUUACAAACUACAGAGUCAAGACCAACAAAGAGUUACUCUGUUAUGACUAA